AUGCAGGGAAGAAAAAUGAGUUCAAAAAUUACUUAUGCAGUAGAUUACAAAGGACAACCUGUUGACAAGACGAGAACAGGAGGAUGGCUGUCUGCGGCUUCUAUCCUAAUUGUUGAGGUUUGCGAGAGGUUCACAUCAAUGGGAAUUGGAGUCAACCUCGUGACCUAUAUAAAUGGGACAUUGCAUCUUCCUAGCGCAACUGCUGCCAACAUUGUGACAAACUUUUCUGGCACAGCAUUUCUAUUGUGUUUGUUUGGAGGUUUCCUUGCAGAUACUUUCUUAGGCCGAUAUUGGACAAUUUGCAUUUUCACACUUACCCAAACACUGGGUGUUGCCCUUUUUGCAAUAUCGACCGCAGUGCCAGAACUACAACCACCUCCUUGUAACAUUAAUGGAAGUAGUAAUACAUGUAUAGAGGCCAAUGGAUUACAACUUGGAGUUAUGUAUACAGCUCUAUACGUGAUGGCAUUGGGAGAAGGUGGUCUUAAAUCCAGUGUAUCAGGAUUUGGAACUGAUCAAUUCGACGAUAAAGAUGAAAAGGAAAAAUCCCAAAUGGCUUACUUUUUCAGUAGAUUUUAUUUCAUAAUCAGCCUUGGAACUCUUCUUGGUGUCACAGUUCUCGUCUACAUAGAAGAUUAUGUCAACCGAACCUGGGGAUAUGGGCUUUGCAGUAUCGUAUUCUUUGUUAGUAUCAUAAUAUUUUUGUCACGUACUAGAAGUUACAGGUACAAGAAAUGCAUGGGAAGUCCCAUUGUUCAAAUUCUCCAUGUUUUGGUGGCUUCUGUAUGGAAGAGGAAACUCAAAUUUCCUAGCAAUGUUGAUACCUUAUACGAUGACUCCACUGAAGCUACAAGAAUCCAUCACACAGACCAACUUCGUUGCUUGGAUAGAGCUGCAAUCAUAGAUGAAAACGACUAUGGGGCUAAUGGUUCUGUGAUUCGAAACCCUUGGAAACUAUGUUCAGUCACAAAGGUAGAAGAGGUGAAAAUGAUGGCUAGACUAAUGCCAAUUUGGGCCUCCACAAUCUUUUUCUGGACCAUACAUGCACAAUUGCUCACCUUCUCUGUGGAGCAAGCUUCAACAAUGGAUAGAUAUAUCAGGAAAUUUCAAAUCCCGGCAGGCUCAUUCAAUAUUUUCUAUAUUGCUGGCAUAUUGGUUUCUUCUGCUUUCUAUGAUCGGGUGAUCAUUCCCUUGAUGAAGAGGUGGAAAGGGGAACAUGGUUUCUCCAACUUGCAAAGAAUAGCCAUUGGCAUAGCCUUUUCAAUUGUGGCCAUGAUAGUUGCUGCAAUCGCAGAGACAAAACGAAUAGCAAUCGCUAAAGCUACAGGUGGCAAUGUCACAAUUUUGCCUUUCAGUUGCGGCAUAUUGAUUCCACAGUUCUUCAUUGUUGGACUAGGAGAAGCAUUCAUGUAUAGUGGUCAGCUUGACUUCUUCAUAACCAGAUCUCCAAAAGGGAUGAAGUCACUUAGCACUGGGCUUUUCCUUUCAACUGUAGCACUUGGAUUUUUUGUUAGUAGCUUCCUAGUGUCUAUAAUCAAUAAGGUGACUGGAACCCAGGUUGGCUAUGCAUGGCUACCUAGUAACAUAAACUAUGCGAAAUUAUACUAUUUCUAUGCUCUUCUAGCCAUCUUAAGCUCCAUAAACUUGGUAUUCUAUCUUUUUUGUGCCUUAUGGUAUAAGAGAACAAUGAAAAAUACUGUACAAAUAGAAAAUAUUAUUACAAGCUCCACAGAAGAAGAGAAACAUGCUAUGCAGAUGGAGGGCACCCUUGCAGCUUCUGCAGAGGAAGAUUGUGAAUGA